AUGGAUGAAAAUGAAAUAAUAAAUCAAAAAAGUGAUCAACGUACAGGACGUGGACCAGGUUUAGCAACAAAUACAGUAGAAAAAUUGAAUGAAACACCAACAGCACCAAAUGUUGUUACAAAUAGUUCCGGUCCUAAUGCUAUGCUUAUGGUUGGACCUAAUUUUCGUGUAGGAAAACGUAUAGGAGCUGGAAAUUUUGGAGAAAUUCGUUUAGGAAAAAAUUUGUAUAAUAAUGAACAUGUAGCAAUUAAAUUAGAACCUAUGAAAUCUCGUGCACCACAACUUCAUCUUGAAUAUCGAUUUUAUCGACAACUUGGAAAUUGUGAAGGAAUUCCACAAGUACAUUAUUUUGGACCAUGUGGAAAAUAUAAUGCUUUAGUUAUUGAAUUACUUGGACCAUCUCUUGAAGAUUUAUUUGAUAAUUGCGAUCGAAAAUUUUCACUUAAAACCGUCCUUAUGAUCGCUAUUCAAUUAAUUACACGUAUGGAAUAUGUUCAUUCAAAAAAUUUAAUUUAUCGAGAUGUUAAACCUGAAAAUUUUCUUAUUGGACGUUCAUCUACACGUAAACAACAUUUGAUACAUAUUAUUGAUUUUGGAUUAGCUAAAGAAUAUAUCGAUCCUGAUACCGGUCGACAUAUACCAUUUCGGGAACAUAAAAGUUUAACGGGUACAGCGAGAUAUAUGAGUAUUAAUACUCAUCUUGGAAAAGAACAAAGUCGUCGAGAUGAUUUAGAAGCAUUGGGGCAUAUGUUUAUGUAUUUUUUACGUGGUAGUUUACCGUGGCAAGGAUUAAAAGCUGAAACAUUGAAAGAACGUUAUCAAAAAAUAGGUGAUACUAAACGUGCAACUCAUAUUGAUGUAUUAUGUCAGAGUCAACCUGAAGAAUUUGCUAAAUAUUUAAAAUAUGUACGAAAUUUAGAUUUUUUUGAAACUCCUAAUUAUGAAUAUUUGAGAAAAUUAUUCAAAGAUUUAAUGGAUGCUAGAAAUUAUGCUUGUGAUUAUAAUUUUGAUUGGGUAGAAAAAAUGCAAAAAUUAACAAAUAAAGCUUCUGCUAAUAAUGCUCAAUAUCCAACAUCAACUCAACCGGAAACAUCCUCUAGUCCAGCAGCACGACAAUUAAAUAAAACGGGCAAAACUGGUUCAGGAUUUUUAAAUACUCAUCUUUCACCAUCAACACAACAAGUACAUGGAUCAUUACAGUUAAUAAGUUCACCUGAUGAAGAUACUGAUCGUGCUGAUCGAGAACAUGCACAUAUUAUUACAUCAUCAUCUCCAGCUAAUGUUGAUGUUAUUAGUGAUACAAAAUGUUGUUGUUUUUUCAAUCGUCGUACAAGACAACAGUUCAAUACAUCAUAUACGGCAUUGUUGUCAAAUCGUGAUUUUGGUGUUGAAUAUUUAAUAUUGAUUAUGGAUGAAAAAGAAAUACCUAGUCUGGCUGAAAUUCAUAUAGCGGCAAGUCAUCUUCGUUCUAUAUCAUUACCAAUUACACCUAUUCUAACAAGUACAUUAUUAAAUACAUUAACAGGAAGAAAUGUUUAUUUAAAAUGUGAAAAUUUUCAACGUACAGGUUCAUUUAAAAGUCGUGGUGCUCUUAAUGCUGUACUUAAUGCAAUGAAAGUUGACCCAAAUUUAAAAGGUUUUGUUACACAUUCAUCCGGUAAUCAUGGACAAGCAUUAGCUUAUGCUGCAUCAAUUGUUAAACGGCCAUGUGUUGUUGUUGUUCCCCAAGGUACACCAAAAAAUAAACUAGAUGCUAUUGAAAAUUAUGGUGCAGAAAUAGUUAUUUGUGAACCAAUACCAGCAAGUCGAACAUCGGUUUGUUUACAAAUUAGUCAAGAACGUGGUUUUUUAAUUAUACCACCAUUUGAUCAUCCAGAUGUUAUUGCUGGUCAAGGAACAAUUGCCGUUGAACUUCUUGACCAAGUACCUAAUCUUGAUGCAAUCUUAGUACCAGUAAGUGGUGGUGGUCUUAUAAGUGGUAUUGCUUUAUAUACUAAACGUAUUAAUCCAAAUAUUCGAAUAUAUGCAUGUGUACCUGAAGGAAAAAUGCUUGAAGAAUGUUUAAAAGAAGAAAAACGUCUAUGGCCUGAACCUUCUCAAUUUCUUAAAACAAAAUGUGAAGCAUGUCGUUUACAACAAUGUGGUAUACUUACAUUUCCAAUAAUGUGUUCAUUAGUUGAAAAACAAGUAUUUGUUAUAUCCGAUAAAAUAAUGAUUAAUGCAACACGAUUUGCAUUUGAACGACUUAAAUUAGUUAUUGAACUUGCUGCUGGAUUAUCACUUGGUGCUUUAUUAACUUAUUUUGAUCAAUUAGAUCCAAAUAUUCGUAAUGUAGGUAUUAUUUUAUGUGGUGGCAAUAUUGAUUUAAGUGUACCAUUACCUUGGUUGCAAGAAGAUAAUCAAUAA